AUGUCCGAGAUAUACUUCUAUAAGUACUUGGUGACGCCGCAGGUGUUCUUCAAGUCCAAAUACACCUACGCUCUUGUCAAUAUCAAGCCUCUUCUGCCUGGCCAUGUUCUCGUGGUUCCACUUCGUACUUCGGUGCUUCGCUUUGGAGAUUUAACCACGGAAGAGUCGCAAGAUUACAUGGACACAUUGCAGCUUGUGCAUAAGCUCAUUCUCUGGGUAUACAAGGCCGAUUCGCUUAACAUAGCUAUUCAAGAUGGGCCCGAAUCUGGCCAGUCUGUGCCUCAUUUGCAUACCCAUUUGAUACCUCGGCACAGGAACGACGGCUACAUCAACGACAAAUUGCAUAGGCUCCUUGAGGACUAUGACAUAGAAGCUAAUUACGCCGAUUUUGAAGCUAGAAAGAAGUCGUUUCGAGACAUUGAAGUGCCGUUCGUGCUGGAGACUGAGCGAGUAGAGAGAACCCCGGAGGUGAUGCACCAAGAAGCCAGCUGGUUGGCACAGGAGCUCACGAAAUACCGACAGCAAUUGGAGAAAGAGUAG